GAGCGCAACCAACGAAGAAAAUCAAUACCGAAACAGUGAUGUAUUCAUUCGUCUUUUUAAAAUGAGAACAUGACAAAACAUUUCUUUUAAUUCAUCGAAGAAACUAUUUUAUUUUAAAAAUAUAUCUGUUGAAGCUUGAUGCUCAUUUUUUAUUUAUUUACAUAGUGAUGAAUAUUCUCAUAGUUACGGCGUGGUAGAACAUUCUGCGUGUUUGAAUCUCGCCCUUUCCACAAAAUAUUACUGUUAAAGAUUAUUAUUGUUGAUUGAGGUCGAAAGUAUACAUUAUACAACACUGUAAUUAUAAGUUAAAAUGGAAGAAAUUAACGGUGAGCUUUUUGGCGAUGGUCUUGUUAGCCUUGGAGAUGAGGGUUCAUUGGAAUCUACUGAUACAGGAAAACAAGAACAAAAUUGUAAACUUUGCGACAAUAAAUUAUGCAGUCCUCGGGUUCUGUCAUGCCUUCAUGUAUUCUGUGAAGCAUGUAUUGACAAGUUAAUGGUAAAUGAGGCUGGGGAUUCCCUCAAAUAUGAUUUGGCUGUUGAAUGCCCCCUAUGCAAACAAGAAACUAAGAUGCCAGGAGGAGGAGCUGCAUCACUUCCAUCGGAUUAUGUCCUAACUAACAUCUUGGAUGUCUCUGCCAUGGAUCAAUCUGUGGUUUGCACCUGCUGCAAGAGUAAGGAACCUGCAGUUGCCAGAUGCACUGAUUGCUCGCAUUUUUUGUGCUCGAACUGCAACUCCGCUCAUGAAUUUAUGCGAUGCUUUGAAAACCAUCGCGUUGUUCCAUUUGAUGCUUUGAGAUCUUCCAAAGAAAAGGCUGCCGUGCACAAGCCGAUAUUCUGUACUCGUCAUGUUGGAGAAAGUCUUAAGUAUUAUUGUUGCGAGUGUGAAGUCGGGGCUUGCACGGAAUGCCUGACAGUUGAUCAUAAAGUCGGAGAACACCGCUGCGAGCGGAUUGUGGAUGCUGAACCAAACUUACGUGCGGAACUGCGUAAUUUCAUUGUAGAGGCUAACGCCCGUGCCGUCGCUGCUGGAAGCGCUUCGGCGAGGCUAGACGACGCAUUGGGCGACUUACAACGUCAGAGGGAUGAUGCUGAAAGUGUCAUCAAUGAAGCUUACCAUGCUUACAAAGCAGCCCUCGAAAGGCGCCGUGACAAAGCUCUAGAAGAACUUGAGCGUCUACACAAAGAGAGAGAGCUAAAAGUGAUGGACUUAUUCGAUCGCGUUGAUAAGACUGUGCAGCGUAUAGAUUGCGCCUGCAAAUUCGCAGCUCGACUUCUUCGAAGGGGUGAUGGUACUGAGAUUGUUAUGUUAAAAAAGACCGUUGCUUCCCAGUUUGCUCGGCUUUUGGAAGGGGCCCCUGAAUUUGACAUCGAUUAUUCUCUUGAGUAUGUCACCAAGAUGGAUAAAUUUGAUGCUAUCACAGAGGAGACAUUUGGCACAUUCCGUACUGAAGCUACGCGGGCCGAAGAGAGAAAACGAGCCAGCGAAUCCUCGGCUAUUGUAUCUGUAGCUUCUAAUUCUCAUUCUCCUGCUGUUUCCGUGACAAAUGCACCUGUCUUCGAUGACUUCCCUCUUGGGAACGUUCGCCGUGUUACAGGAGGAGUUGGGAGUAUGGUUGGAGUGGGCGUCCCUUCGAUAGGGGUACCGGGAGUUGGACCGGUUACUGGUGUAGCAAACUCUGGAGUUCUUCCUGGGGUCGUUGGCGUUAACAGUGUGGGAGUUGGUGGCGUCUCAGGAGUACCAGCUCUGCUCAUGGUUGAAUAUAACCUGCAACAACUUGCAAGCAUUGCUGAAAAGGAAGUUCCUCCACCGCCGCACGCGUCUCCAGCGCCAUCCUUCACACUCGCAGAACUACUUGCUGGCGAUCUGAACUCUCCUCAAGCAUAUAACAAUUUACAAGCUCUGGCUAAGCUCGGACUUAACACUGAAGUGAAUGGAUUUGGUGGGGUUGGUGGUGUUGGUGGCCUAGGCGGAGUAGGCCCCCGGGGAGUGUCUCCAGGUAGACCACUACUAACUGCUGCUGAGGAAGCAGCGUUGGUCGCACCUCCAGCGCCACUAGUUCGUGCCACUAAAGCAACACCGAUGCACAUAAGGUUCAAAUUUGGUCAGCUAGGAGGUGGCAAGGGACAGUUUAAUUCUCCCCACGGAUUCUGUCUUGGAAACGACGAAGAUAUUAUAGUUGCAGAUACUAACAACCAUCGCAUCACGGUCUUUGAUAAAUCUGGAACACACAAGUUUAAUUUUGGUGUUGCUGGGAAAGAAGAGGGUCAACUUUGGUACCCACGAAAAGUAGCCGUAGUUCGCGCUACAGGCAAGUUCGUGGUUUGUGAUCGUGGCAAUGAAAGAUCACGAAUGCAAAUAUUCACCAAAAAUGGACAUUUCUUGAAGAAAAUUGCUGUCCGAUUUAUCGAUAUCGUAGCUGGCUUGGCUGUGACGGCUGAAGGAUUGAUAGUGGCUGUCGACAGUGUUACUCCUACAGUGUUUAUCUUAUCUGAAGAAGGCGAUCUCUUGAGUUGGUUUGAUUGCAGUGAGUGCAUGAGAGAACCUUCAGAUAUAGCCAUAAGCGGUAAGGAGUUCUACGUGUGCGACUUUAAGGGUCACUGCGUAGUCGUUUUCGAUGACGAAGGUCGCUUCCUCCGUCGCAUCGGCUGCGAGAACGUGACCAACUUCCCCAACGGAAUAGACGUGUCUGACGCCGGCGACGUGCUCAUCGGAGACUCACACGGCAACAAGUUCCAUGUGGCUGUAUUCUCAAGGGAUGGAGUGUUGGUCACUGAGUUUGAGUGCCCCUACGUUAAGGUGUCUCGCUGCUGCGGAUUAAAGAUAACAUCUGAAGGAUAUAUCGUCACUCUGGCUAAAAAUAAUCACCACGUUCUUGUCCUCAACACCCUUUACAUUGUCUGAGGAAUAACUCAAUGGCUGUAAGUCUGCAUACAACAAGAUCUCACAUUUAUUCCCUAUAUUAUUAUAUUUAAUUGCUGAUUUUACAAAGCUUAACCUUUUUGCUAAAACAGUAUUUGACUACUUAUUUUGUUGAUUUGUGUUCAUGAUAGUCACAUUUUAUCCAUUAGCAGUGAACCGUAGUGAUUCCAACUCUCCUAUUCCUUGUAUUGUUUAUUGUAGAAAUUAUUAAUUGGAUUUAUUUCACUGCCAAUGGAUAUAUCGAUCCCAAAGUACUAGAUACUUGCGUUUUUGGUUUAAUUCAUUUCUCAUUUUUUUUUAUACUAUGGUUGCAUUUAGUUUUAUAACAGACAAUCCAAAGUUUAGGCUAAUAUUUCUAUGUUUAUAUAUUAUGUUUAUGUUCCAGUUAAUAUACAUGUGGAAAAGAUAAAAAAAAAAUUACCUCUGAUUGAAGAUCUAAUAUAUUUAGCAGUGUAAUGUUAAAAAAUAUAAAAUUUUAAAAAUUUGUUUAUAUGUUGGUCUAAACAAUUUUGGCAACGAAUAGUAUUGGAAGGACAUAAUUUUGAUGCUUAAUAUAAUUGAUCUCUAAUUAAGGUUAUUCAUGCAUGUUAUCGGCUGGAAUUUGUUUUUGUUUCUAAAUUUAGCAGUUGGUAUGGUUCCUAGUUCGAGUGAAGUUGAUAAUACAUGUCAAUUAGGGGUCUGCGUGGGAGUGUCGCCUCACUAGACUUGCAUUACUCCAAUUUCCACACAAAAUUUCUGUCUGCAGAGUAUAUUAUUGACUAUGUUCAUAAUCUCUGAGAGGCAGCCACGUCAAAACGCACAAUUGAGUUAUUGUUAGCAAAAUCUUUUUUUUUUAUUACCGUGACCAAAGAGGCGACACUAUUAUAACGUGCCAUCUAGUUUAGGUUAAUCGCGUAUACAAUAUUAUAUAUUGUCCGUUAAAAUAUAUUUACCAUUUACAGAUUUCUUGUGUCUAUACAAAAUGUUUUUUCCAUGUACUCUUGUUUUAAGAGCCUAUAUUGAAACUUUUUCAUUACUAGGCUAUUAAUAAUGAUAUAUACGGUUUGGUUAAUUUAAAAUUAUCUGAUGCUAAUUAUAUUAAAAACCACUGUUACUAAAGUUUUAAAUAAUUUUUGUACUGAUAAUUAAUAAUUUAAAGAAUUUUUAAACGUUACUGUUUAUGUGGCAUCUUCGUGAAUGCGAUGGAUAUUGGCAUUGAUGUAUUACGGGUAAAAAAUUGUCACAAAAAUAUAUAUAACAACAAGAGCAACAAAAAAAUUAAAAAUUGCGCAUUAAUCAAAAAAACUAUAAUCCAUGAAAGUGCCAUUAUAAACAAAUUUUAUUUCUACAAUGUGUUUAAAUUCGUAUACAGUUCGCCAAAGUAAAUAUUUUUAUAUCUAUCCACAUUGAAUAAUCAAAAUUGAGAUGCGUAAUGUUUUAGAUAGUAGAAAAAAAAAAAAAUGUUAAAAAUUGUGGUUAGUAGAGUAAUAUUAAUGUCAUAACGAUUUCGCUUACAAUUCUGUUUGUUUCUAUCUCAUUUAGACUUUACGUACAUGUGUGGUAAAAAAAAAAUAUAUCGAAAAUCUAUUUAAGGAUAAUAUUAUAAAUAAUCAUCUGGCUUUCUAAUUAGCAAUGCUUCACAUUAAUUUGUCGUUAGUCAAAUUCCAACGUAUAAUAAAAACCUGUAUUAAAUUAUUUUCUUCAUCAAGCAAAAGUACUUAACCAGACCACCUAAAAUUGAAUGUGAUAUUUAUUUUUAAUUCGUUAUACAUCGCUCUCUAAUUACUCUGGAUAUAUCUAAAACUUAAAAGACAAAAAAGAAUCUUACUUCGAAAUAUCAGUUAUUGAACAAUUUCAGUUCCUCAAUUCCUAUAUAGGUCGUUAAGUUUAUACAAGACGUUUAAUUUUAAUUUAUACAACCAUGAACCAAAACGAGGGUGUAUCGCUGAGCCAUAUAUAAAAUUAUCUAUUAUUUAUUUGUAUUUGCAAUUCAUAAGUAGUCGUGUAAACUAAAGUAUGUACUUAAUUAGUGGUAUUUGUUUUUUUUUAUUGUUGUGUAUUAGAACAUUUCUAAAACAUUUGCAACAAUGUGAUAUAAGCAAUAAUAGAGACAAUUUGAAUUUCGAAUGGAAGACUUCAACCAAUCAGGGCAGGUUUUGUUGUGAAGGUAUUAAUUAGUACGGUGGCGACAUCUGAACGCCGCUCAGUACUCAGUACUAUGAGGACGGGUGGUUUUAUAAAAAUUAACGUUGAGUCUUGAAUCCUCUAUUUAUUAGUGAGUAACUUUUGGGUUUAUUUUUCUUAUUGUUUUUAAGUUAUUUUGUUUCAGGAUUUUUGUCCCGAUAGUAUUAGGGAAUUUUAUUUUCUUUUAUUUUUUUAUUAGGCUAUAAAUGAGUCUACAUCCCCUUGGUAGAUGAUAGGUGUCAUUAAUACUCUUGUUUGUUCAUUAAUUUGUUUUUUUUUUUUUAAUAUGUUCCGGGCCUAUAUUUGUAGUAUUUUUGGCCAGUGCGAUAGGCCUUUAGAGUUACGAAUUUUUACUGCCAAAUUAUUUUCUUACGAUAUUUGUGCAUGCACAUGGUAAUUAUUUUAUUGUAUAAUAAUAUAUGUAAAAUUAGUUACUAAUUGUUGCCAUUUUUUUUUUUGUUUUAUUAAUAUUCAGGGUUUUAAUAUUAUUAUAAUGUUCGAUUUUUAUUUGUUGGCCAUUGAUCAAAAUUAUUGUGUGUUAGUGACGUAAAAUUAACCGAAAUAGAAGUUAUAAGCCCCAAAGGGAGCGUUUGACGCUAUUAAUAAAUAUUGCUUAGGGUUGCAUAAAAAUUAUUAAAAGUGGUGUGAUAAGUUUUGGAUAAUUUUACAAAUUAUACUAUUUUAUGUGUGAAUUUCAAUAUUAAUAAAUUUGAAGUUUUAAAAAAUGUGUAAUUUAUCGAACGAUCCACUGGCUUUAUUAUUUGGCCGUACGAUCGAAAGUAUUAUAAUUUGUAUAUUAAUAUUAUUUAUCCUUACACUUAAUUUUGGUGAUAUAUCGUUGACAAGGUUUCCUUUUGUUCUUGCCAUGUAUCUUAUGUAGGUGUUGGCGUAGAAGUUUAGUAGAAGUUAGUAUUUUUCAAACGAUAUACAAUAAAAUGAAAAUACAGUGUGGUGUGUUUGCCUCUCGUGGUGUUGUUAGAUGAUGUUAGAUGUUGUUAGCUGGACGGUAGAGGGGGUAGCGAGGAGUGGGAUAGAGGAGGGAGAGGGAGGGUAGGGAGGGGGUCGUUGGCCGUUAUUGGUCUCAACCACCGGCUGUACAUUCUUGCUGUAGCAAGUAAGCAGUAAGCACUUAGUCAUGGGGUAAUGGCAGGUCAAAUGGUAUCUAUUGUCCAUUGACAUUACUUGAUAAUAAUUGUAUCAUUAGAGUACAUUACAGUAGCCUUUCUCGGGAAUCUUAAAAGUUACCUAUAUACACUUUAAAGCAAUUUUUUGGUAAAUAUAUUUCUCUUGAAUCUAUAUUCCCUUAUGUAUCCAGCAAUAAAUUACUUCAGUAGAUGUAGCUAUUGCAUAGCUUGGCACUAGGUAUCGCGUUGUCGGUGAUUUUCCAAGGCCGUUACCACAUUGGUUUAGGGGAAGCGGGGUGGCAGUCGUUGCCGCAGUAACGUUUAGUGCCAAGCGAUGCGAUAUUAGUAGGGUUCGCAGCGCACAAGGUGAGCUCUAAUGUUACCCUCCCUAUUGGAGGUGGGCGUUUUGCCUAAGUUGUGGCACCAAGCACAGCUCGAUGGUUUUGAUGGAGUUUGUGGCGAGUGUAACAUAACACGAUACGGACCGUCUUCAUGUGACUGUGGGUGGGGUUGGCCAAUUUUACUUUACCGUUUACGCCUUCGGUCUGGUUAGGGCACAGUUACGCUGAUCACCUGCUUGCCUGACAAGUAUAGUGAUCAAAUAUAAUAGUGGAUGUUCUUUUAAUUGUCAUCGCUGCUUGGGGCAGUUUUGGUAUGAAAAAGAUAACCCGAACUUAUAUAGCGAGUAUAUUGUUCACACACUAUGAUAACGUAUAGUUGUUUAGCAUGUUUAAAGUAAAUUAGAUUCUUCACCCACCUUCUAUCACCGAAUUUAUUUGGUCUCCGCUGUUCAAAAACCAACAUUUAAGGUUGUGAGCUCUAUAUUCCGGACGGAAUUCUAAGCCACAGAGUGCUUGUGCAAUAAAUAUCACAGUUUGGAUCUAGGCUUUUAAAUUAUUAUAGAUUAUAUACAUUGUUGAGCUGAUUAUAAAAAUUUAAUAUAUUAUUAUACCUUUUAAUAUUGUUAAAGAAUUCUAAUUGCAUUCCACAUCUAGAGUGAACGAAUUUGAGAAGACCAUUUUCAAUCUACAUUAUACAAGUUAUUUUUUUUACAAUUGUAGGAUUAUUAGCAGUUGCCAAUGUUUUUUCCUUUAGUCAGUAAAAGUACAAAUAUUUUAAUAUACAAUUCUUGGUAUUUACGUAUUGUAAUAUCUUUUUUUUUUUAAUUCAUUUGAUUCUAUAACUAUAAGCAUAAUUUUUUUCACGUUUACGGCCAUUCAUAUAUUACCAUCACGCAAAUUAUUCAGUAAAACAAAACAUAUCAUAACUAAUCCAUGUAUCUCACAAUACGCCAUCUGUAGACAGACGUGUACCUUAAAAGUAUAUAUAGUGCUGUGAUUUCCAUUUUAUUUUUCAUUCGGAUUUCUUGAAAUCCACAUUGGGAGUGAUACUACUGCACCAAUGCACGCCCCCAUUACUUUGCUUACAUUUGUCGUAAUGUGAGAGCGAUUUUUGUUUCAUUUGAAAAAAAAAAUUCAAACAUCUGUGUUUCUCCUCGGUUUAGAUAUACGUUUAAAAUGGCUUUUGUUUUUAAAUUAGAUUUAAGUAUAUCCUAGGUUACACUUUUUUAAUUUCUUGUCAUUUCUAUGUUUACACAAUUGAAAUUUAUUGUAUGUAAUUUUGUGUUUGUGUGGAAGGUGCAUGUUCCAAAUGCAUAUUUUAAUUUUGAUCCAAAGAUUUCUUUUAAUGUUUUUAAUUUAAUUAGGUAGUUAUUUUUUUUAUUCUUCUUGAUAACGAAAAUGACAUUUGUGGAGUGUGCAUUGGUAUUUGAUAUUAGAAUAUAAAGAAUUUUUUCUGUAGAUUUGGUGCAGCCGAGCAAAUGUCUACUAUAUUCUCAUAAGAAUAUAUUUGCUCAAUAAUUUUAUUCUGUUAAAGUAUUUUAAACUUAGGUGUAGUCCACGUGGGGUGUACGAAUAGUGGACAUCAGUGACACAAAAAUAAUAAUAAUAAUAAUAUAUCUAACAGACAAUACCCUCCGUAAAGUUGAAAAAUAACAAACGUAAGGUUAAAAGUUUUAUUAGAUGUAGUUGCCUUGUAUGCGGCUUGCCCUAGAGAUGGGUGGCCGAGGCUACGGAAGCAUCCAACACCUGGGAAGUCAGGCUCUGAAAGCAUUAUUCUAAGCUGCUACAUUCCACCAUUCCAAAGCUGUUCCUGAUUAUUCCGGUCCAGUCGUUCUGUUUUAAUGUUUUUAUUGAUAUAUUACGAACAAUUUUACCAAUUUGUUAGCAGUGUUAGAUAAUGACUUCAGUACGUAUUGUGUGAUGGUGUUGACUAUUAUAUUAUACUAUUUUGCCCCCACAGUCAACGAAAAUAUUGUUAUCCAUACAGGAGUCUUUGCUGCAUUGUGCCUAGAUCUUAGAAGUUAAUAACGAGGUAGAGUUAAUCUCAAAAUAUUUUGGCUCUUUGAAUAUUCCAUGAUAUUAUUUUUGUUUUUCAUGAAAAUGUAUUUACAUUAUUAUACAUUCAUACACUUAGUAAUUAUUGUAUACAUGAAUAUACAUUGCGUAGUUUGUAACUUGAUUUUAUUGUAAAAAUUAAGAUGCCCAACUAGUUGAUGGUUGCCCACGCGUUCGGGAGGAAUUGAUUGUUGCUACUACAUUGAAAAUUACAUACUAUUAUCUCGUGGACACAUUGAUUUUUUAAAUUAGUUGCACAUCUUAUUUUGACCAAAUUUAUUACAACGCCGCCGAUGUUACUUGAGAAUUUGAACAGCUGAUAUAUUAAAGGACACGUCCCUUUUAUAGGCGAAUGGAAAUUGUCACGUGACGUUUGCGGCUGUAUAAUUAUUAAGUUUAUUAUCUAUCGAGAACUGUGGCCAGGAUAACAACAGCACAGAGCAGUGUAAUUCAGAGCCUGCCUAAAAUAUAUUUUUGUCAUGAUUUUAUUUAGGUAUAUACAUGUUAUUAUUCACAUAUUACAGUUUUCUCAAUAUUAGCUUGUAUUUUUAAUUAAGAAAUAAUCAUAUUUAACAUUGCCAGGUGAUCAGCAACCUGCACUUUAAUAUUUUUGGAAACUAUUGAACUUAAAUUGUACUGACUUUAUAAAUAUAUUUACUUCAAUAAAGAUUUUCCAUGCCACUAGAA